AUGGUGGAUGGAUCAGCUAAUAGAAUGUUUCACAGAGAAGGAAAUGAAGCUUCAGAGAUACAUCCAGUCUUUACAUCAAGAACUACAAGUGGCCCAUCAGAACAAAGCUCUAAAGUUGAUGGCAAUGAACUAGUUAUUGUGAAUGAGAAAUUGGAAGAGGUUUUACAAGAAAAACAGAUUAUUACUGAAGAUAAUGAGAAACUUAGAGCUACAGUUGCUUAUAAUGAAGUAUAUAUAAUUGAAAUAGAAGAAGAGAAGAAACAAGUAGAGGAAGAAAUGAGAAAAGUAGAAGAUGAGAAUAAACGAGCAAAGAAAGAAAAGAAGCACGCAGAGGAAGAGAAAAGACAAUUAGAGGAACAAUACCUCAUUGACAAACAGAUCACUAAAGAACUUAAAACUAAAGUUGUUAUUAAUGAAGUAUAUAUAACUCAAUUAGAUGAGGAGAAGGAAAAAGUGGAGAAACAAUAUCUCAAGGAAAAACAGAUCACUAAAGAACUGAAAACUAAAGUUGCAGAUAAUGAAUUGCAUACUGCCAAACUAAUGAAGGAGAGGGAGCAAUGGAGUCAAGUCAAAGAGACUAGUACCAUUGGAUUACAAUUUAACUACCUGAUCCCUUCAAUGGGUAAGAGUAUUAUCCGCAGAAAUCCUGUGCUUGACACAAAACUAGCUACCGUACUGAACCUGACUCUCCGUUUUUCCGCGAGAGGCAGGCCCCGCCUGACUAGCACUACACCAGCUGUCAAGCACCCUCAGUUUCAAUAUGAUCAGACUAAGGAUGGACGUGUUCAAACCAAUGAACAGUUACUAUACAAUCUAUCUAAUGGACAAUUCACUGUUCCAUCUGUUAGUGGACAGUGUUGCCCACCAACUAGUGACUUUACAAUCAACAAAAUAAAUCAAAAUAAAGGAAUAAUGUUAGGAGGACUAGUAACUAAUGAUGGUCUCAAUACUGCUACUAAUAGUGUGUACAUAUUUAAUGUAACACAUAAUACGAUACAUUGGGAGAGUAUUAAAAGAGGAUCAAUAUCUGGUGAGGGACUCUGGACUAAGGAGAGAUUUAAUCAUGCUUGUGCUAUUAUCAGUAGUGACUCUAGCUCACCUGCACUAGUAGUGAUUGGUGGACGGGAUAAUAACAAUCAACUAGUGACUGAAUGUUUAUUAUUUGAUGAUAUCACUACUGGUCAGUUCAGUUGUAAGAAGAUUCCUCUACCUGAUUGUGUUACUGGUAGAUACUAUCAUUCACUCACAGCAGUCACAAUGUCACCACACUGUGUAUGGCUAGUGAUUGUUGGAGGAGGUGAAGAGGUUGUAUGGGAAGAUAUUGGAGGAGGAGUGGAAAAGCCGGUGAAUACAUUUAUCACUGAUACUAAUGGACUAACAAUGAUAAUUGAAUUAGUAUAUAUUGAAGCUGGUGAGUGGAUAGUACAGUCAGUACUGGAUGGUAAUGAUCUCACUAGUAAGAAAUAUCAAGAAAAGUAUUCAACAUACAGCAAGACCAGAACUUGGUGGAUGGAUCAGCUAAUAGAAUAUCCCACAGAGAAGGAAAUGAAGCUUCAGAGAUACAUCCAGUCUUUACAUCAAGAACUACAAGUGGCUCAUCAGAACAAAGUAUCACUACAGGAGGCACUGACUGAGGCCAAUAAACAAGCUAACUUUGACAAAAUUGAAACUGUAAAGAGUGAGAAAUUGGAAGAGGUGUUAAAAGCACAGGCACAGUUACAAGAAGAGAAACAGAUUAUUACUGAAGAUUAUGAGAAACUGAAAGCUAAAGUUGGUGAUUAUGAAAUAUAUAUAACUGAAAUAGAAGAAGAGAAGAGACAGGUAGAGGAAAAAUAUCUCCAGGAGAAACAGAUCACUAAAGAGUGCAUUGAUGAGUUUAAGGCUAGUCUUAGUUUUAAGAGAACGUUGCCUAAAGUAGAGGAGCACUGUCAAAAGUUUUUGAAUUCAUUCAUUGCUAAUAUUGCCACCAGUAUAAGAACAAUCACUCCAAUAAUAACAGUCAAAGCAACAAAAACUAUCACAAGAAGCACAGACAAUGAGACUGAUGAUGGUGUCAGAGAAGGAGAAGAUGUUGGGCUUGAAAUUAAAUCCUCUACAAUUAAAAAGUAA